GGCAGCGGCCAGUACCUUGUCUUUGUAAGGAGACCACAGAGCUGGAGAGCAGCUGUGCGCGGCGUCUCGCCUUGCUUACUUUUUAAGCAACCCGAUGAAGUGCUCGUAGGGAACACGCUGAUCCUGCCCGCAGCCUUUUUUCGCAGGGCAGAGGAGCUGAUCAGUGUGUCAAGCGGAGAUCGCAUUUUUAUAUGAGAUCUUGACUUUUUUCUCUCUUCCCCGUCCUUUUUUCUUACAGUAUAUUUUUAUAGACUUUUGUUAUAUUGAACAAAAAAACUCAACAUGGUGCUGGGGAAGGUGAAGAGUUUGACAAUAAGCUUUGACUGUCUUAAUGACAGCAACGUCCCCGUCUAUUCUAGCGGGGAUACAGUCUCAGGAAGGGUGAAUUUAGAAGUGACUGGGGAAAUUAGAGUCAAAUCGCUUAAAAUCCAUGCAAGAGGACAUGCAAAAGUACGCUGGACUGAAUCUAGAAAUGCUGGCUCCAAUACUGCCUACACACAGAAUUACACUGAAGAAGUAGAAUAUUUUAACCAUAAAGAUAUCUUAAUUGGACACGAAAGAGAUGAUGACAAUUCCGAAGAAGGCCUCCACAUCAUUCAUUCAGGACGGCACGAAUAUGCAUUUAGCUUUGAGCUUCCACAGACACCACUUGCUACCUCAUUUGAAGGCAGACAUGGCAGUGUGCGCUAUUGGGUGAAAGCAGAAUUGCACAGGCCUUGGCUUCUACCAGUAAAAUUAAAGAAGGAAUUUACAGUCUUUGAACAUAUAGAUAUCAACACUCCUUCAUUACUGUCACCCCAAGCAGGCACAAAAGAAAAGACUCUCUGUUGCUGGUUUUGUACCUCAGGCCCAAUAUCCUUAAGUGCCAAAAUCGAAAGGAAGGGCUAUACCCCAGGUGAAUCAAUUCAGAUCUUCGCAGAGAUUGAGAACUGUUCCUCCCGGAUGGUGGUGCCAAAAGCUGCCAUUUAUCAAACACAGGCAUUCUAUGCGAAAGGGAAAAUGAAGGAAGUAAAGCAGCUUGUUGCCAACUUGCGUGGGGAAUCCCUGUCGUCGGGGAAGACAGAAACCUGGAAUGGCAAGCAGUUAAAAAUUCCACCCGUCUCUCCCUCUAUCCUUGAUUGCAGUAUAAUCCGUGUGGAAUAUUCUCUAAUGGUAUACGUGGAUAUUCCAGGUGCAAUGGACUUAUUUCUUAAUUUACCACUUGUCAUUGGUACUAUCCCUUUACACCCGUUUGGCAGCAGAACUUCAAGUGUGAGCAGCCAGUGUAGCAUGAACAUGAAUUGGCUUGGUCUGACACUGCCUGAAAGACCAGAAGCACCUCCUAGCUAUGCAGAAGUGGUCACAGAGGAGCAGAGACAGUCCAGCCUAGCACCUGUAGCUGCUUGCGAUGACUUUGAAAGAGCACUUCAAGGACCAUUAUUCGCCUAUAUCCAGGAGUUCCGAUUUCUGCCUCCUCCACUCUAUUCUGAGAUUGAUCCAAACCCAGAUCAGCCCUCAGAUGACAGGCCAUCCUGCCCCUCUCGCUGAAGGAAUGCCUCAUAAGAAGAGUUGACUUGGGUCUGAAAUGUAUUUUCGCCGUGUUGCGGAUAAAGGUGUCCUACGGAGACAACACAUUAAAAGGAAGUUCUUGCAUAAAAGAAAAGGUGAAAUACUGAAACAACCUGUGAUUAUGCUUUUGAAGCCUACAGCAAACAUCAUAGGACUGCUCAUCAUGCUUGAAGAUCUGAGCUUUUCCUCCCUGUUGUAUACUGGCACAUACUAAGAGCAGCCUUAAUAGCCUACACUCAUGUGUCAAAACACUCACCGUGUUGCAAGAGGGACGACAUCCUCUUUUGAUUUGAAAAUUUGCACAUGCUCAAUGCUUAUGUUGUGCGGUUCGGUGUCACUACAGCUUUUUCUCAUUUAUGUUAGACUGUUGUUACCCCCUUCUUAACUUGUUUGUGGUCCGCACAACAAGGAGCAAAAGAAAGCUUUGAAAACUUUACGAUGACAAAUGCACUGACUUUUUUUAUUUAGAAAAACAAACAAUAUAGUCUGGACUUUUCCUGCAUAUGCACAUGCUCAGAAUUGUCCUAAUAAGACUGAUCCAUGUAUCACUUCAGCUUGGAUCCUGCUGUGGAUUUAUUAUAAACAUCAAUGCCUUCAAGCCAAUCCUUGCUGUAUGUUUUGCAGCCUACUGUAGUAGAUAAGCAACAGAUACGCGAGGGGGAAAUAACCGAAGAAAACCAAUAGGAGUCUUCGUCAAGAUUGUAUACCUUCUUGAUUCCUUUUAAGAAUUUGUUGCCUUUCUACUAUUACCGCAAAGAAGAAUUUUGUUACAGACUGCCUAAAAAUCACUUAAUCUCAGGUGAACUCAUCACUUGCCAAAACAUUGAAAUGCUAUUUGUGUUUUGUGUUGCACUGUUUAAUUUCUUUUUCCUUCCUGUUUUCGUUACUUUUUUGUUUGGUUUGGAAAGGGGGACUUGGAAAAGGGACAUACACAAAGGAGCUCAUCCUCAUUUCUUAUUAUCUUUCCAAAACAUGAGACAUGAUGAAGAAGGGCUUGGUCAAGUUACGGUGGGGGGUUUUUUGUAGAUGAGCCACAUAAGUUAGCACCCAACAUCUGUCAGCCAAGAGUUACUAGAGAAAAGUUGUGUAGAAUUCAUACCGUGGUUCACAUAGGAGUUUCUUGACCAGUGAGAUGGGAUGGGGAAAAUGAAUUUAUUUUUAUACGUAGUUAUCCCAUGACCACAAACUUGUGUAAAAUAUUUGUACUGAACUUUUAGUUGGGAUGGGAGGGGUUCUUUUCUCAAACAAACUAAGUACUUUAAAGGAUAGAAAGGGGGUCCUUUUGGAAAAGAUUUCUCAAGGACUGCCACUCUCUCAAAGAGUGAAGAAUUAUACUAGUAAAAUUAGUAACUAGAAUUGCUUUGACGGCAUAAUUCAGAGUGUUGUUCAGCGCAGAUUACAAAGAAUAAACUGGUGGAUGAUGGGUGUGAGAGGCUCUAGACACAAAUGCUAGUAUUUCAGCAUUAAAUAUAUACUUGGACACACAACUGUCCUCUUCAGGAACAAGCUCACGACUGAUUUUUAUUUUAUUUUUUAAACCAAAAGCAGCCUUCCUGAUGUUCAGAUUUACAGUAGUGUGGCUCUUGCAAUAAGGCCCCAUGCUGUAUAACCAUUGUUGAAGCUUCAUAGCAUAACAAACAGGACAGGCUUUUCCAUAAGUGGCCUUUCAGAAAACAUGGACAACAAUUCAUGUUUGAACACUAACAGGGUGGGGAAAAAACCCCAGUAUAAAAUGAGUCACGUUUUAAGUGAUUCACUUAAGAGUUUGGCCUUCAGCAAGCAAACUUCAUAUACUGGGUAAUAAGGAAACUGAGUGAUGGAACUUUUUUUAACAAUCGUGCUAAGCAAUUUUGUGGAUGUCCCUCUUCUACAGACAAUUUUUGAUGGGAUAGUGACAUAAAUGGGCAUUUGGUGGUUUUCUUCUUCCUUUUUCCUUCGCUGUUUCAACCAACUAGGGAACAAUUGCUGUUAUGCAUAGCAUUACAUUUAUCACAGUAUGAUGGAAAUUUCCAUAUGAAGCAGGAUUGACCAAUAUUGUAGUAAUUGGCAUUGCAUCACGUUAAUUUUGUGAUCAGGUUUAAAGUUGUGAACACUAUUAAAUAAAAAAUUGUUUUUAUAAAAACAAAAAUUGAACACAUGUGGCAUUACUGUUAUUUUGAUUUCAUAAAAUAUUGGUCAAUUUCUGGACAUUGUAAAAUAUGAGGUUCUGAGCUGUAGUCCAGUCUUCAAAAUCUCCCAAUUUUUUUUUAAAAGGGAGAAAUAAAUAAAAUCCAAAAUGUUAGAAAAACAAGUGCAAUAUUUAAUGUUUGCUUUAUAGAUUAUAUUCAAUGGCUGUUUGUAUUAUAUAUAUUUUCUUUUUUUUUUCAUUUUCUUUUUGUUUGGUGCUGAAUAUGUCCUUGUAGACUCUUGUUUCAAGACAACAAUAUGUGGAAAAGAAUUAAAUUUUUCCUAUUGCUCUUCCUUGUGGAUAAUAAACCUUUUUUAAGAAAAACAACACAUCAGCAGCUUUUAAUUCAGUGAUUUUAUAUGAAGAAACAAAAAGCAAUUGUUUGUCAUAUUUGCAUGUGUUUGAUGCAAACACAGGUGCAGCAGUUGCAUGCACAAUGUUCACCGUAGGGUAUUCGAGAACCCUGUGUCCAUUCAUUCAUUCAUCAACCCAUUCAUUCAAGUGAAUAGGCAUCACACCAGACUGUGAUUGUGAAUGGUAGGUGUGUGCACAACCUCACUUAAGCAAUCUUGGAACGGGAAUGAAUUGUUGGUGUGGUGAGAUGGGCUAGACCAGGCAUCCCCAAACUGCAGCCCUCCAGAUGUUUUGGCCUACGACUCCCAUGAUCCCUAGCUAGGUGGGGGGGGGGUAUAAGUGCAAAAAUGGAGUCUUGUUUAUACUAUUAAAAAACACACCACCAAAUGAAGGAAAUUGUGAAGCUGGCAUACAAAGCUCUUACUAUAAUUUUGAAGGAAAAUGUAACCAACCCACUUUAAUUUCUUUAAUUGCAAUGCUUCAGCAGCCAGACAUUUUUUUAGGGAGCGUUGUUCCUUUAUUGUAAAUGGAGCCUUACACUGCAAGUCUACAUGUCUGCUUAGAAGUAAGUCCCACUGUAUUCAGUAGAGCUUACUCUCAGGUAACUGGGUAAAGACUGUGCAGCCUUACACUGAAAUCCUAAGGAUUUUUACUCAGAACUGAGUCCUACAGAGUUCAAAAGGAUUUAAUCUCUGGUAUCUUCCUGAUCAUUUUCAAAGUUUCCAUUAUUAUUAUUAUUAUUAUUAUUAUUAUUAUUAUUAUUAUUAUUAUAUCCCACCUUUUUCCCUGACAGGGACUCAAGGCAGCUUACAAAUUAAUUUUUUAUUUCAUUUCAUUUAUCCGUUGAAGGUGUUGUGCAUGAUCCCUUCUCACACACAUUUUUUCUUUACAACAACCCUGUGAGGUAGGUUAGGUGGAGAGGUAAUUGGCUCAAGGUGACAGAUGUAUGGUGCUGUAUAUGUAUAUGACGUAUAUGUGCAAUGAGAUCUCACGCAGUAGAAGCUUCCUGGUGUAGAAUAGAAUGUCCCUAUUUUCAUUGGUGCAGGAGGCAGUGGAAGACAGGAGUGCCUGGCGUGCUCUGGUCCAUGGGGUCACGUAGAGUCGGACACAACUAAACAACAAUUUUCAUUGGAGAAAUGUGGGUUUGCAAGGUUGGCUUUUGUCUUUCUCAUCCAUCCAUACUGGGAAGUGCUCUGAUCUGCUGUCAGGACAGAUUUCCAAUAUUUUUUGAGGACGCAAGCAGUUGUGUUUGAAUUUGCUUGUAUCCAUUGACCUUAAAGCUGUUGCAGGGGCUUUCCAGAUCAUCAUCUGACUCGGGGAGACAAAUUCCGAGUUCCUGCUGAAAGACAACACCAGGAUUCCUUGCCUGUAUAGAAAACCCUGUGGUAUCUUUCCAGCGAAGGGAGCUGGCUUUCAUGGUCCAUGUUCCAGUCACUUCGUAAGUGAGAGCUUGCACCACAGCACAGGUGUCUGCUGUUAGGGAUACAAGACAUUCCCAAAGCAACGUAGCUCAGCAACUCAUCUGCUUCCCUUCAACCUUGUGACCUAAAAGAAACGAGUGAAGCUUUUUUAUGACUGCACAGAAACCAGAUCUUAAGUUGAUGGCGAACAGGUCACUGACGCUUUACUCUUGCGCGCUUACAGUACGUUGAACUCAGUCAGGCUUCUUGCAAGCAUGCUUAGGAUUGCAUAAGAUCAGUGUGCUGAGAUAGGAAAACUGUAAAAUCUGGUCAAAGCAAUCACUAGGAAACUGAAAAUGUGAAGCAUCUCCUACAUCUCCUCUCCAGCCACAUUUAGAACACCAUGUACAGUUCAGAUCUCUCCCAUUUGAAAAGGGGGUAUACUUGGAAUACUAACGCAAAAGCCAGCUGCAAAAUGGAAGAGAUCAUACUGGAAAAACCAAAAGCCUCCAGCCAGGUACUUAGAGACUUGAUGAGAGUUCUCAUUUGUUAUUUUAUUUAUUUUUCCCUUUAUCACCGAAUCUGAUAAUUUUAAGAAGGAAAGUGCUCAAAAUGUUUUAACUUUGAAAGUCUCAGAAGGUUGUUAAUUCUUCUUACUGAUAAUCUCAUAGUUUUAUUAUUAUUACAGUAUUUUGUAAACCGCUUUGAGGAUUCCCCCCGCCCUUUUGUGUUAUAAGAAAAAUACUGCUCCCUUUCCCUUAUGCCAUGGGGUAUCUAUAAGACAGUGUAUGAAUUUUGUUAAAUAAACAAAUAAGCCUGGCCUUUUUAGUUUAGAACAACAACAAAGAAGAGGAUCGAGUUUAUCCAAAGGUGGUGGCAGCUUACCCCACUCUGAAAUGCCCUAUUUUGGGGGUUUUCCUUUUCCUGCACUAUUGUGUUAGCCAGUAUGCAGCAGGUUCUCAAAGCUUCAGCUUUCAAUUAAAUGGAAUCCUUACAGUGGUUCCAGUAGCCAAGUUAUGAAGUGUGUGUUCUUUCUCUACCGAGCUUAGAAUUGGCUGGGCAGCUGUGCCUUUUCACAACUGUCUGACAAGCAGAAAUUCUGCAGGUGAGGUUACACUGCAGAUGUAAUUCUGAGAAAAACUAUCCCUGGUGAUUUUCUGUUUGUCAAAUAACUAUCAGGGACAUCUAGCCCCAACCAAGAAAAACAAGCAACUCAAAAGCUCAUCAGAGAGAGGGAAAGGAAAUGCACAUGUUAUUCCUGGGAGCCAAUAGAACCUGGGCUGCAGUAUUUGCAUAUCCUCCAAGUUUUUGGCAACCAAUGUGAGCUGCUUGAAAAAUUCUCACUACUGUACCUGUAUUAUUCAGAUAGUAGCAACUCAUGGCAGAACAAGCAGCAAACUAAUUCUUUGGAAAAAAAUACUGCUCAGGUUUCCUUUUUGUAAAGAAUACAUAGCCUGGGGAAAUCUGAGAAUAGUAUCAAAGAUUCUUUACAGAGACUAUAUAUCUCCCUCACUCCAACCUUUAAAUUCUGCAGAAAAGGAAAAAGCCGUUUUAUUACAUGCAAGGAGAGGGCAAAGAUAACUUUCUAAUCCCAUUGCUUUUUAUAGCUGCCUGGGAGUUUCGAAGAAGUCACACAGAUUGUGGAAACCAGGCCUAUUCAACACAACUCCCUUUCAGGAGGGGUUAUCACACUUAGUUUACAGAACAAGGCUGUUUAUGCAAUUGGGGGGGGGGGGAGUACAGCAAAAAUCUCCCCCAUCUCAAAAGAACAAUCUGCCUCUCUGUCUCCUAGAACAGCUUUGUAAAGUGAAAAAUAAAAGCACUGGUGGCAGUACGUGUAAUAAUCAGCAGCUUAUUAUAAGAUUCUACUUUGUUUAUUAGUGACACAAAACAUCAUAGCUCAUGCAAGUUCAAGCGAGGACUUCCUGGGAUUGGACACAGCGCUCUAUUUCUUUAGCCUUAUAAGAUGAUGUUUUGUAUCCCCCGCCUCAUAGAGCUAUCUAAAUAUGGUGGCAUUUCUAGUAAGAGGUAACAAAACAUUGUUCUGAGAUUAUCUGCAGAGGCGUGGAAUUUCACCAAAGUACUAAAACAAAGCAUGUUGGAUAUUGUGUGUGUGUUGAGUGUACUGUAUUAAUUUAAUAUGAGCUCUUGACUACCAGCAGGAACAAUCAUUCCUGCAAAGUGUAUAAGUUUUAAAGUUUAGAAGCAAGGAGGAUAAGAGAGAUCACAACCUGCCUAUAGCACCCAGUAAAUGAACCCAGUAAAAAAGAAUCUCUGAAGGAAGGUUAAUGGGUUUAAUUGGGCAAUAUAGCCAGAAAGAAACAGAAAAUGCAACAGGUUUCAUGAAGAAAAAUCAAUUUUUGUAGUGCAAGGAAAUGACAUCUCACAUGUUAAAAGGCAACAGAUGCCAGCUGUCAAGCUUCAAUGUCACUCAAGAAGGCCAAAAAUUUUUGCAAGGACAGUUACAUAACAAGAUAGGCCUUGGGUGUUAGAACUGCUUGCUCAUUACUGCAGAUUGAGCUCAUUCAGCUAUAAUCUAUACAACUUCCAUAUAUAGAGAUGAUUUAUGUACCACCCUUUGUGCAACCCCCAGGGUGGUUUACAACAAGACAGACAGAGCUUGGAUGGUCAUCUGUCAUGGAUGUUUUAGUUGAUAUUCCUGCAUUGCAGGGGGUUGAACUAGAUGACCCUUGGAUCCCUUCCAAUUCUAAGAUUCUAUUAUCCUAAGCCCACAAUUUAUGCAGGGGUUACAUUCCAGGGAUCGUGCCUAAAGCCAAAAUCAACACAAAGUCAACACACACUGGGUUUAAUGGUGGAAAGGAUUCCCCAAGUUAUUUUUUUCCAUAACUCCACCCACUUUCUGCCCCCUUUAAAUGUUUUUAUUGUUUUGCCAUGUAUAUAAAGCGUGUGAUUUGUGGGCUUACUGUAUAUAAAGAAGCAUAAAAUCAAUAAAAACACAAACCAUUAAAAACACUUAACAA